CGGAAGAGCUGUUCCUGUUCCAGGGAGGGGUUCUGGCAGAGCCGGGCUUCCUAGAGAUUUGACGGUUGCCGCCGAUACCUGGAGAUCUUUAGCACUCACAGAAGCUGCCAACAUGGGCACCAGGGACGACGAGUAUGACUAUUUGUUCAAAGUCGUGCUGAUCGGAGACUCUGGGGUGGGGAAAAGUAACCUCCUGUCUCGAUUCACUCGCAAUGAGUUCAACUUGGAAAGCAAAAGCACAAUUGGUGUGGAAUUUGCCACAAGGAGCAUCCAGGUGGAUGGGAAAACCAUCAAAGCUCAGAUCUGGGACACUGCUGGACAGGAGCGAUACCGGGCUAUUACCUCUGCGUAUUACAGAGGAGCUGUGGGUGCGCUGCUAGUUUAUGACAUUGCCAAGCAUCUAACCUACGAGAAUGUCGAAAGAUGGUUGAAGGAGCUGAGGGACCAUGCAGACAAUAACAUUGUCAUCAUGUUGGUUGGAAACAAGAGUGACUUGCGCCAUCUCAGAGCCGUGCCUACCGACGAAGCCCGGGCGUUUGCAGAAAAGAAUGGUUUAUCCUUCAUUGAGACAUCAGCUUUGGACUCCACCAACGUGGAAGCAGCUUUCCAGACCAUCCUAACAGAGAUUUAUCGCAUUGUGUCUCAGAAGCAGAUGUCCGACAGACGUGAGAAUGAUAUGUCUCCCAGUAACAAUGUUGUCCCGAUCCAUGUUCCACCCACCACUGAAAAUAAACCAAAGAUGCAAUGCUGUCAAAACAUAUAAUGGCUGCUACCUGCCCUGUGCCAGGCUUUGUAUACCUGUGACCAGCUCUAGAGGUUAUAGGCGUCGUACCUAGAUCCAACUCUAGAACUGCCAGGCUCUGUAUAUUCCCCAUGUCCUGCACUGGACUCUUUGGAUUUUUGUUUUGUUAAUAUAUAUUAUUUUUUUUUUGAGUGUACGUGUGUAAGAACUUUAAUUUUACUAUUCCAUCUGGAUUUUUAUGUCUUAAAUUCCUAUGAUUUGCAAGUUUCUGUAUUAAGGAAAUGAUCUAAUUCUUCUUUCCUUAACCCCGAACCUCCGCAGGUUAGCCCCCCUUUCUCCUUUCCUCCUCUCUAUGGCAGAAUGUUUCCAGAUCUCUCUCCCCUCUGUUUAGAAACGUCUGUAUAAUAUAUGAAAUAAAAGCAUGUUGCCUGCUGCAGGCAUCUUCUCCUGACA